AUGCACGUCACCAUGUCGCAAAGUCUGGCGAGCAUGAGGGAGAAGGGGCAGACUGUUGAGCACAUCGCAGCUGACAUGGGGGUCGCGCUCGACGACAUCGGACUCUGCACUUUCGUUCUCAAGUUUGUUGCCCCAGCCUUUCGCUUCCAAGCGGGAAGCUCAGGGACAAGCUCCUCUCAUUGCAGAAUGCAGUCCAACUGA